AUGUCUUGGAGAAGAUUGUCUUUGAAACCAAUCUUGUUUGGGUUUGCCAGUACUGCCGUUGUAUCAUACGGUGCAUACAAAUAUGGUCAGUACAAAGUGCUGACUAACCCACCACUUGAUUUGUUCCCCAAUUCGUCAACCACGAAAUUGAAAUCACUUGAUUCACCAAGAUACUGCACUAACAUUUCUUCAAUUAUGCCUGAAAUAGUUGAUCUUGGUAUCGAAGUUCUCAGUUCUAAACCUGUUAUUGAUCAUCAUACAAGUAAUGAGUUUACAACACACAAACCAUUGAAGGAAGAAGUUCCUCAAUAUGUAAUUUAUCCAACUUCCACCGAGCAAGUAUCGCAAGUACUAAAAAUCUGCAAUCGUGAACGUAUACCCGUGGUUCCAUUUUCUGGAGGUACUAGUAUCGAGGGGAACUUUCACUCCACUCGUCAUGGUGUCGUUGUAGAUACUUCCAAAAUGAACAAGGUCUUGGCUAUCAAUGAUAAUGAUUUGGAUGUGGUUGUCCAGUGUGGAGUCAAUUGGCAAAAACUCAACGAGGACUUGGAACCAUAUGGGUUAAUGUUUGGCACCGAUUGUGGACCACUGGGAUUGAUCUCGGGGAUGAUUGCCACAAAUGCGUCUGGUAUCAACGCAUCGCGAUAUGGAGCAAUGUCUGCAAAUGUCAUCUCUGUGACUGCAGUACUUGCUGACGGUACAGUAGUCAAGACUCGUCGAAGACCGAGAAAGACAUCAGCGGGAUACAAUCUAACCAGUUUGUUUGUUGGCAGUGAAGGUACAUUAGGCAUUGUUACUGAAGCAGUGGUUAAAGUGUAUCCCAAACCGAAAAGUGAAACGGUUGUUGUUGUACAGUUCCCGCUGAUAUCACAUGCCACAAAUACCGUAGCACAAGUGUUUCGUCUGGGAAUACAGCCUAGUGCCAUUGAGUUGCUAGAUGCAAAUAUGAUUCAUUGUUUGAACUACGGCGAAUACACUAGCAAACCAAUGCUAGAAGCACCCACAAUUUUCUUCAAGCUCGGUGGAAUUAAUGACACAGUUGUUAAAGAAAGUGUCAAAGUGCUUCAAUCCAUCACCAAAGAAAAUGAUGCAUCCAAUUUCAAAUUUGCCAAAAACAAGCAAGAACAAGAAGAGUUAUUUUCAGCUAGAAAGAACGCUCUAUACGCCAUGACCAACUGGAGUCGUAGUGAAAUUGAUGAAGAUGUGAAAAUGUGGCCGACUGAUAUAGCGGUUCCGUUAUCUCAAUUAUCGCAUGUCUUGACGAUCAUUAACAGUUGGAUUAAAGAUUCUCCCUUCCAAUCUACUAUAGUUGCUCAUGCGGGCGAUGGUAAUUUCCAUGCCAGUAUCUUUUACCGCGAUGGCCAAGACGAUGAAGCUGAGAAAAUGGUUAAUAAGAUGGUUGAAUUGGGUAUAGCUAAUGAUGGGACAGCUACUGGUGAACAUGGGAUUGGCAAUUCAAAGCGUUAUUUUUUGCAAUUGGAAUUGGGGGAGAAUACUAUUGAUAUGAUGAGAAAGAUUAAAAUGGCCUUGGAUCCAAAUAGGAUUUUGAAUCCUGAUAAAGUGUUUAAAAUAGAUCCUAAUGAUAGAGGAAAGCAUUAA